CAGAGAGCGGGGAAGGAUAGAAAUAACUCAGUCCGGGUCUUUGUUAUCUUCUCAACUGUUGUAUGACUUUUGUUUUUGGAAACAGUUUAGGAACAUUCAGCUGCUUUAUCCAACGGGAACCCGGUAUGAUUCGGCUGAGGUGUCGUACAUCGAGAAAGAGAGCUUGUGUAGCAAGCACGUGUCUGCUUUUCAGAUCCUUUCUAUCUUCAAAAGCUUCAACUUUCAUUAAUACCCAUGGAAACGGCCAAAAUGUAGAGACUGAAACGACGAUGAAACACUACAUUAAGACUGGUAAGGUAACGGAUGCCGUAAGGCUAUUUGAAGAGAGCAGAAACGGUGGAAAGUCGUGGAAAAUAGACGGUUGUUACUCUUGGCUAUUACAUUUGUUUGUGCAACACAAUGAACAUGAAGCUGUAGACAAGCUGUACGAAGACAUUAAACGAAAUGCUGUUUUCAUUGGCGAAGGAGCUAAAUUCUCGAUGAUUAAAUCUUACAGCAAUCGGGGACUUUUUGACCAGGCUGUCGGCAUGCUGCACGCCAUUGUGGAAAGUAAUAUAGCUCACCACACUCGUCAUUAUGAUUAUAUCAUUACCUCUAUGGCCAAGAGGGGACAAUCGAGAAAAGCUUUGCGGGUCUUUGAGGAGAAACUAGAAAGGUUGGAAAAUUUCGGAAUUAAUGAAAACAUGUCUGCGCCAAUCAAAGACAUGAUUGAAUUGCUUCUUAACCCUAAAAGCCUCCCAGUUAAAGAGAACGAUCAUGGUAAGGAAGGCAAAGUUGAUACAAACCAUCACAAGAAAAUGUCAAAUAUGGUUUUUAGUUAUCUUCAACAAACUGGUGAAAGGUUACCGGUUAAAUUGCUUGUAGCAGUUCGCGCUUGGCUGAAUCACGACCCUGUUUAUCACUGGAAGUGGAAAUACAGCAGAAUAAGUGAAGUAGGAACAUGCUCAUCUUGUGGAAAUCAAUUGAUGAGUGGCAUCCUCCCAGGAGAUAUACAACAAUUGGAAAGGGAGCUAAUCAAACUGUCCAACAGCCCUCAACUGGUUAUUUCCAAAGUGGCAGGUGAAAAUCUAGACAAGAAAAUACAGAAAGAGUUGGAAGAAUUGAAGAGCUUUAUUCAAAGAAGAGGACCAUUUGAUGUGGUAAUUGAUGGUAUGAAUGUUGCCGCCUAUGGCUCAGGAGCAAAUAUGUCAUUUUUCACAGACAGGCUGGUGGCCACGGCACAUCACUUUGCAGCACAACAAAAGAAAGUGCUUGUGAUAGUAAACAAAGCUUGGAGAACUUCUGUCUACAAGCUUGAAGAUGUUUGUGCUGUUUUCAGGAACAAGUUUAAAAAUGAUGACUUGUAUGUUUUGUAUGCUGCAGCUUUCAGUGGAAUGCAACAAGUUGAGGUUGUCACCAAUGACAGACUCAGAGAUCAUCGCCUUCUGCUUCCUAGCAAUGUUUGGUGGACAUAUUUAAGAUGGACAAGACUAAACUGUGUAUCCUUCACAGUCAAUGAAAGAGGGAAACUGGAAUUUUUCAGGCAAAAAGUUGAUCCAGUGGUGCAGCGUAGUGGCAACUCCUGGCACUUCCCUGUUGAGGAUCAAUCAUGGAGAUGUGCGACAAAAUCAGGAAUUAAGAGAUCACAAAUCAAAAAUUAGCCUAUAAUAAAUACAUCCUCAUCGACAACAAAUAAAGAUAACUUCAAAGGUGUAACAUCAAGACAGGGUUGACUGACUUUGUGAUACAAAUGUAAAGUGCAUGUAUUUGAAACUUGUAUGACAAGCUUGAGUUCAAACUGGGUAGGAUUAAUUUGAAUUAGUCAAAGAAAGGCCAAAAUUCACAUGUGAUGUGUCCCUUGCAUGUCUUAACCCUUUAACUCCCAAGAUCUCAUUGGUAUUUCUCCUUACUGUCUACCAUACAGUUCUUGUGAUCUUAGUUUGGAGAAUUUGGUAUUGGAUCAACUAAUAGGUAAUCCCCUAAUUUAUAUUUUUCCUUUUUCUUGUCACUUUUCUGCCUUAUAUUGUCUUGAUAUUUUAAGGAGAAAUUCUGUCUUGGUCACUCAUGGGAUGUAAAGGGUUAAUGUUGUUCAUGCCAAGCACCUGUCCAAGAUUGGGCCUUCUCCUGAAAAUCAUGGUAUUUUAAUCUUGGAAUAUUUGGUAGGUGCUAUCAGGAAAGGAUAAACGCAUCCAGCCAUUCAUGGAAUUUUAAAGAAAACUAGAAAUUCAGUUUUUAAUUGCUGUUUUCCUCAACAUUGCCAUCCUGUGUGUGUGUUAGGCCCUAAUGUUAAAUAGGACAUGUUGCAUG